UAUAUUGACAUAUUUAUGAUAUAAAAUUCAAUUAAAUUUUUUAUUUAAUAUUAAAUUAGUGUCUGUAUUAAUUUAUUAUAAUCAUCGCUAUUACAUUGUCUAACAAUGCAUUUAUUAGUUUUAUUAUAGAUUUUGGUCAUGUUGGCUAUUUAAGUACAAACACUUUAUUAUAUUAGGAGUUUAAAGAAAUGAGGUACAUAUUAUUUUUUGGAAAGAAAUAAUAAGUCACAAUGCUGCCCUUGACGCAGAAGGAUACGAGACUUUCGAGAGGGCCAAUUACCGGAAUCCGAGAAAAAAUUAGUAACUGGUUUAGAUUAAUUUAUUCAGAUCAAAAUUCCCGAAACUUAUUUCUCUUUCUUAUAUUGAACUUGUCCUUUGCUUUUGUUGAGCUGUUUUAUGGUGUGUGGACAAAUAGUUUGGGUUUAAUAUCUGAUGCAUUUCAUAUGUUCUUUGACUGCACUGGAUUAGUUGCUGGUUUGGCAGCGUCACUAAUAUCCAAAUGGCGAUCAAAUGAACGAUUUUCAUAUGGAUAUGCAAGAGCGGAGGUUCUUGCUGGUUUUGUAAAUGGACUUUUCCUAUUAUUUAUUGCAUUCUUUAUCAUGAGUGAGGCUGUUGAAAGAGCAAUUGAACCACCAGAGGUGAAACAUGAAAGAUUACUGUUAGUAUCCAUUCUUGGAUUCUUGGUAAAUAUGGUCGGUAUUUAUGCCUUCCAUCACGGUCAUGGUCAUGGCCAUGGAGGUCACGGUCACUCACAUGGUGGGCAUGGUCAUUCGCACAACCAUGGCCACUCUCAUGAUGAAACUGAAGCGCCGACCGGUGCUGGAUCAGCCAUCAUGCGUGGAGUAUUUCUCCACGUCCUUGCGGAUACGUUGGGGUCAGUGGGAGUGAUUAUUUCAGCGAUUUUAAUGCGUAUGUUUGGUUGGAUGCGUGCUGACCCAAUAUGCUCGAUGGCUAUAGCAUUGUUAAUUGCCGCGAGUGUGAUACCGUUAAUAAGGGAUUCAGCGGGAGUGUUGAUGCAACGGACGCCUUUAUCGAUUGAACGGUCCUUACCUAAUUUGUUUACGCGUGUGGUUGGCUUAGCCGGUGUGCAUGCAGUUCAGGAACCUCAUUUUUGGACUCUCUGUAGUGACGUUCACGUGGGUGCUAUAAAAUUAGAAGUUGCCAGAGAGGUAGACCCUCGAUACAUCACUGAUCAAGCGGCCAGAAUUUUCAGAGACGCCGGCGUAAAACAUUUAACAGUACAAUUGGAUUAUUCCCCGCUUUGAAGUGUACUCUUGUACUAUUUUGUUGUUAUGUACUUUAGAUAGUGUUAAUAAUUGUGCCCUAAAAUCAGAUUAUAUGUACAUACAGAUAGAAAGCUGAUUGUUACUACCAGUUUUAUACUAGUUCAAGCAGAAGCAGAUGUCUGUAGGUUUAGUCAUUUGCUGAGUCCACAAAAAUAUUUAAAAUGUUU